AUGCUUGGACGAACGACCUUGCUUCCCCCUUUGAGAUUUAAAAGAUCUAUUUGUGUAAAAUAUUUAAAAUUAUUAUUUUAUUUAAAAAAGCAUAGAUUUGAAAAAAAAUGGAAUAGGUAUUACUGCUGCUUAUUUCAAACAGCAGAAAAAGAGAUAACAACUACAUUGAAGAAGGUAGUACAUAAAACUCUUUCGAAAGAUAUAUUGUCCAUUAAGAACAAGAAGGGACAAUUUGAAAAUUUUGUAUCUCUUUUAUUAACUAAGCCCGUGAAAAUUGCUUCGUUCGAUUUUGACGGUACCCUUAUUAAUACUGUUCAAAGUAAACAUGUAAAUAAUUUGGUUUACAACGAGAGGGUGUUAACAGCUCUUGUUAAAUUAUCAGAAAAAGGAAAAGAAACAGAAAAGAAAUACAAAUUUGUCAUUUUUUCCAAUCAAACGAAUGUAUCAUCAUGUGCUCACAAUUAUGACAAUAUAAAAUACCACAAAUUGCCAAUUUUUUUUUCAAAAAUUCAGGGUUUCAAAAAUGCAUUAUCUUAUUUCCACUCACUGUUUAGUUCAGAGGAAAAACAAAAACAAAAGCAUCAGCGAAAGGAGGAUAAAGGCGAAACGGAAGAAAAAAAAAAAAAAAAGGCUACUUCACUCUUGCGCUAUCCAUACAAUAUAACAGAAGAAGGGACGAAUCAAUUUUACUGUUUUAUCUUACGCUUGAUGGAAAAAAUUAUAGAAGAGAAAAACUCUGUUUAUUUGUGUAGACGCUUUUACGCUCGUUUUUCAAGGGGUUUUCUGCUUACUCGGCCACGAGGUCCCCCUCCACAAGCCAAGGAAAAAGAAGCGAACGAGGUAAACGCGGAAGAUGUGACAAAUGUAAUAAAUGCAGCAAACGAGGAAACGGCUCUAAACGUGUGGAUGGCCACAAAACGACCUGCACAGUGCAGGCGGAAAAUGCAAAAUUCAGAAUUUCUGAAUUACUUCUUUUCCAUCGGGAAAUGUGAAAUAAGGGAAAUAGACAUUUAUGCAAAACCGAAUGAUGGCCAGUAUUCAUUGUACAUAUGUUUGGAAGCAAUUAAGUACUUGAUAAUUUUAAAUUGUUAUUUUAAAUAUUCGUGCAAAUUAGGAAUAGAAGAAAUAAAUGGAAUAGAAAAUAAGGAAUUGCAAAAUUUCUUUCUCCUAGGCAAUGACAUAUUUGGCAUAAACGAAAUACGUGAGUUAACUAAAAACUUGAAAAGACGUUAUUUUGAUAUCAACAAAAUAAGUUUAAGAAUAUUAGACACAUAUACAAAUUUCUUGUUGAAAAGAACUAAAGCGUAUAGUAAUCUGAGAGAGACAAACUAUGAUAAUUCCAACUCUUCUUCAGUAAUUAAUUUUUUUUUUAAUGAUCAAAUGGGCGAUGAUGGUGGUGUUUCUUUUGCACCCUCCAUCGAGGAAAAACAGUUGCUUGCUUUAUUAAAUGAAGAGAAAUUUAUACAAAAUAUAAUUCCAUGUUUAAUAUGCAAGAAUAAAAUAAUGAAAAGACUGGCAAUGCAUUUUGCCGGUUUGCUGUUUAAUUUUGAGGAUAGCUUUUACAUAGGAAACAAUGUUGGUCGUCCGUACGACAAGUCCGAUGUGGAUUUAAAGUUUGCACAAAGAAUUGGUAUUAAAAACUACGAUGAUACUUGGUUCCAAAAUUUUGAAAAUUUAUGA